GAAAUUAAACUCCAUCUUCUUCUUCGCUCACAUCUCCUAUUCCUUUCACCUCAAUUACAUAACUUCUCACCCCCCCACAUUCAUUUCAAGGAAGAAAAAAAAAACAAACAAUCAAUCAAGCCGAUCAACCUGAUCCAGAAACCGCCAUGUCCGAGGGAUCGUCGAGCUCCGGAGCAACGCCGGCGCUGAGCCGGUAUGAGUCGCAGAAGAGGAGAGAUUGGAACACGUUUGGGCAGUACUUGAAGAACCAGAGGCCACCAGUGGCUCUAUCACAGUGCAAUUGCGGGCACGUUCUGGAGUUUCUGAGGUAUCUGGAUCAGUUCGGGAAGACCAAGGUUCACGUAGAAGGGUGCAUGUUCUACGGCCAGCCAGAGCCUCCGGCGCCGUGCACGUGCCCUCUGAGACAAGCUUGGGGCAGCCUGGAUGCCCUCAUCGGAAGGCUGAGGGCCGCCUACGAGGAAAACGGUGGGUCCCCUGAGACUAACCCUUUUGCUAGCGGUGCCAUAAGAGUGUAUCUCCGUGAGGUUAGAGAGUGCCAGGCCAAGGCUCGAGGCAUCCCUUACAAGAAGAAGAAGAAGACCGCCAGUAAGGGGAAUGAAGAAUCAAGCUCUACCAGUAGCACCAUCCACUUCUCUUGAUCAACGCUUUGCUUAUUCAACUAUAAUGAGAAUUGUAGCGUACAAUCACAUUGGAGGGGGUUCUUAAUAACAAUUCAGUGAUGCACAAUCUAUAUGUGAGAGGUUUGGUUUUAUGUAUCUGAUAUAAACAUCCAUGGUAUGCACAAUGUUAAAAUUUUCUGUUGUUUACUUGGGAAUUUGUAGCUGCCUGCCGUUGCAAAACAUAUAUCUCAAUCAACUGUCAGUUUGUAACUUGUAAAAUUUAAACUUUAUUUAUCUAUCUAUAUAUAUGCAACUGUACCCACCGAUCUGUUCCAUUAAAAUGUAACAUGUAUUAUUUCUUCAAUUACUGUGGGUGCGUGCGAGUGUACUGUCAUGAGAAGAGGCCCAUCUCUCUUUUACUGACAUAAAUCUGAUAUCUUUCAAAUGUAUAAAGUUCAUUUAAAGGAGUG